ACUGGGCUUAAAAUAUGGGUCGAACUCGCAUAGGCCCAUUAGGGCAUCCCUAAAAGGUGUGUUAUUCUAGUCAAACCCUAGUUUUGCAGAAUCGCCACACAUCUCAACUCUGCAACUCCUCGCUCUUCUCUUUUCACAGCUUCUGAAAAUGACCAAGCGAACCAAGAAGGCCGGUAUUGUUGGAAAAUACGGCACCCGAUAUGGUGCUAGUUUAAGGAAGCAAAUUAAGAAGAUGGAAGUUAGUCAGCACAGUAAAUUUUUCUGUGAGUUCUGUGGAAAGUACGCUGUUAAGAGGAAGGCUGUUGGCAUUUGGGGAUGCAAAGACUGUGGAAAAGUGAAGGCUGGAGGUGCUUAUACAUUGAAUACUGCCAGUGCCGUGACUGUCCGAAGCACCAUUCGAAGGCUGAGGGAGCAGACCGAGAGUUAAACGCAGUUUACACCUUUCCUUUUGUUUUCAAUGCAUAAAUUUUGCUGCUUAUUUUAAGUCGUCGUACUUCGAUUGAGGAGUUGAUCCAGAGUACAAUUUUGAGUCUUUGUUCAGGAUAUCAGUAACUAUGCACUUUAUCAUUCAAAAAUGCUAUUUAAUUUUGUAGUAUUGUCAUUGGAUGGUAAAAUUAUGGGAUUUUAGUCCGUGGUUAUAUUUA